AUGUUAAUCUCGUUCGAAUAUCUUCUUACAUGUGAUGCUGAUGAAUUAGGAAUGUUGGAAGAUUCUGUUGAAGCAAUUCAUGCAUUAGAACAUGUUCAAGUACGUUUUGUUCCUGCGACUACAACUAAUUCUUUACUUCAACCUCGUUUUUUUGGUACAAGAUUUUAUUGUAAAGUUGUAAUACCUUUGCCUGCUCAUAUGUUUGCACGAUUACCACAAGAAUUAAAAGAUGGUGGAUCUAUUCGUAUUGUACCAGUUGUAUUUAAUAUCGGUAUUGAUCAUCGAGCAUCAUUUGCACGACUAAAAACGUUAAAUUUUUUUUCAACAACACAAGUCGAAAAUGAUCUUAAUUAUAAGAAUUUCGAUAAACUCAAAGCGUUUGUUAAUAGUAGCAUUAAUAAUCUAUCAGAGGAUAUACCUGAUUUAAUGAAACUAUUAGAACAUACAAUGUAUUCGAACAAACCAAAAAACGUUGAUAUUUUUCCGCUUGCUGAAAAGAUCUGUCGUCGUGCAUAUGGUAUACGAGUGACUGGUUGUAAAAGUGCUAAAGAUCGUACAUCUAUGGGUUUUACAUUAGAACAAGGACAAUUACUUGUCAAUAACCAUAAUGUUGAUCACCACGAACUACAAGAUAUUCUUAAUCAAUUUCGACGUAAUGGUACAUCAAUUGAGAAUGCACUUGCUAAUACAGGAAUUAAAGCAUAUGCGUUUUCAAAAGUACAGUUAAUGACAUUCCCAGAAUAUUAUCGUGCUCAACAUGGCACUUAUGGUAAUGUUCAAACAUGA